CUGACACAGCUAGCUGUUAGUCCUUGUCUGCACUCAGUGCUUAACCAUGUCCAUGAUUCAAGGGACGUCGCUGGUGCUGGUACUGACGCUGUGCUCAUGCCUAGCCACAGCACAGGAGGUACUGCACAGCCAGCUUUCCCAGGAUGUUGAGAACCUUCCCGAGACCAAUGUCACACAUGGCUCCGAACUCGACCCCGAAGCCAAGGACCGAGAUCGCUUCAUCGGUUCUCUCUCAACGACCACCUACACUGACGUAGUGAUGGUCACUUCCACAGUGUUCUUCUCCUGCCUCUCAGGCACCAGCACAGUUUUAUGCCAAGGCAAACGAAAGAAGAAAUCUUUAUUCUCAGUUGUUGAUGUACAAGACAAUGAUGAUGACAACUCUGGAUUGGAUGGCAGCAUAGUCGACUAUAACAGAGAUCCUCGUGAGCUCGGAUAUGACGAAGAAACUACAGAACUCUCGCCAGAAGAAUCAAGGGACGUAAACUCGAAAUUCCUGGGCCUCAUCUUUUGGACCAUCACCCGCACCACCACCACUGUUACUAUGCUUUACACUGACACACGAACCACCAUCCGUCUCUCCUACUUCUGUCAGGCUGGACAGGUCGUACUUCCCAUCAACAGAUGUGGUUAAUGCUAGCCAGCCGGACAGGUCGACGGCAAGAACAUGUCAAGAUCCUACGUAGCUGUCCGGUGACAGGUCACUUGCCACUAUGAAGAUUUGCUGAUUUGUACAUGAGGA